AACUGAUGAAUAUGUACAGAUGGUUCCAAAUGGAACUGAAACUCAGGCAAACAAACUACAGUUUGAACAGCAGGAGGCCACCUGUCAUCGGGACUUACACUGUAAAGGAUCUGGGAGCUGUGGCACCUACAUCUAAUUCCCUGCUGCAAAGCUUUGCUCUGCAUCUUAUAACUACGGUGCAGUCGAUCGGAGAGAGGGUGGUGCUCUUCCUCCUCAGCCAGGUUGUUUUCGGGACCCUGGAGAGACCUGUGGACGAGGACAUCUACUUCACGCCUCACCCCGCCGGGGAGCUGGGAAAAAUCCUGUGGCGGGACGGGGAGGCGGCUGGCUUUUACACCAUCAAGAGGAAAGGCAGCCUGUGUGACAGCUGCACCAGCCAGAGCUACACGCUCCCCGUCUUGGACACCCUGUUUGUGAGGAGACGGUGGCGCAGGGCAGGCCUGGCCCUGGGCAUGCUGGAGGACUUCUGUAGCUCCUUUGCCAGCGAGGAAGCCCUGGGGAUCAGCUGUCCGAUUUCUGCCAGCAUGUAUCAGGUGUGCAGGAAGUUUCUCCUGGCCCACGAGGAGCUGCGGGACCGCCUGUUCGAGGUGGAGGCCCCUGGGGGCUGGAGCCAGAGGAGCAGCGUGUGGCUACGGGCCCGGCCCGAGGGGACAGCUGCACACCGAAGUGCUGAGGUGCUGAAUGCUGAUCCAUCUGGGAGCCGCCCGUUGAAAUUGGAUGAUGGAGAGCAAACUGCUGUGGUCAAGCUGACAAAGCAGAUUGAAUCUGACCAACCGUUACCCAGAGCUGGCAGUGCUGGGUGUGAAACCCCGAGAGGCAGGGGUCACAAACGGACAGGGCCCGAUGCUACAGGAAACACAGUCUCCAAAAGAGCCAAGAAAUCAGAGUAGGAGCUGGGAUACAGGGGGUCUGAUGGGCUUUAAUAAUCCGAGCUUGAUGAGAAGAAACAUGAUCGGGCCCAAGACAAAUGCAGCCAGAAACACCAGCAAUCCUUUGGUUUGCUCCUCUGAAGAAAUCCUGUGAGCUUGCCAUUCUGGAUCUGUGAAUUGAGGGGAAAAGGGGAAACGCGAUUUAACUGAAACAGUCGCAACCAGG